UGGUUGGCGAGAGACGGGCAGGUGAGCGCUCCGCGCUUUUCUGAGUGGGCGAGGUGAGGUCAUACGAACAGGCAGUACGUAAUUUUACCUCCUCUUUUAGAGGGGAAGAAGGAUCAACAUCGAUGGAAAUAUUUUGUUUUCUUCUUCUUCCCGGCCUUCUUUCUCUCUCUUCUGUUGCUCUUCUCUUCCGUUCUAGAAUUCGCAGGGGGUGGGUCGAAAGAAGAAUAAAACCCGAAGUGUAUGGGAUGGGCGAGAUGCCAAAGGACGAACGAGUGCGUGCAUGGGUCCCGAAUAUUGUGCUGCUCGCCGAUUCAUUGGAUGGUGUUGGUAUCUUUCCCACCGCGGCUGCUACAGAAAGAUGUCACCGUGUGUUUCGCCAACUUCUGAUCACCGUCUCGUUCGUCUAUUUCUGCCCGACCCCUUGGCCGAAUCUCGGCUCGCAUCGCUUCUCUCUCCCAUCUCCUCAAGCAAAUUUAGAAAAGUUUUCCGACUGAGCUGGCUGACUGACACGCGCUUUCGGAAGAGGCUCCGGGGACCCGAACCGCCUCCACUGCGAUGAAACCCGGAAUCCCUGUCCGGCCAUGAGCCACGAGUCGGUUGAAC